AGAUCCUGUCCCUAAUAUGGGAACAAUCUGCAAGGGUGGAUACUGAAUUUCGCCCGAUUUUCUAACCAUAUACUCUCUUUCUUCAUAUAGUGAACAUGUCAUCUAUGGAAACAACAAUGGAAACGUGUAGUUCUAUAGAUGAUAGGCCCGAUGAGAAAAGGGCAGAGAGUGCAGCUGUAGUGAAGAGUUCCACGAAGAUGACGCCAGAGUAUUCCGAGAAGUUUUUACAGGAGAGAGAUCUUUGUACCACACAGUUUGAGAAAUGGACUGAAUAUGAACAAAUUGCAUUUGUUGAACAUUUAUUAUCACGGAUGUGUCAUUAUCAACAUGGACAGAUUAAUGCUUACCUUAGACCCAUGCUACAGAGGGAUUUUAUCACAGCACUUCCAGCCAAAGGUCUCGACCAUGUGGCAGAGAACAUCUUGGGCUACUUGGAUGCUCCCUCCUUGUGUGCGGCAGAGCUAGUGUGUAAGGAAUGGUACCGUGUCAUCUCAGAAGGGAACCUGUGGAAGAAACUCAUAGAACGCAAAGUGCUCACAGAUAGUCUGUGGAAGGGACUUGCAGACAGGAGAGGAUGGUGCCAAUUCUUGUUCAAACCUAAGCCUGGAGAACCACCAAAAGAUCAUAAAUUUUACAGAAGUCUGUACCCUCAAAUUAUUCAAGAUAUUGAUAGAAUAGAAAGUAACUGGCGUACAGGGCGCCACACAUUACAGCGGAUACACUGUCGCAGUGAAACCAGCAAGGGAGUGUACUGUCUCCAAUAUGAUGAUAGCAAGAUCAUCAGUGGGUUGAGAGACAAUACUAUCAAGGUAUAUAUGUGGGACCGCAACACACUGGAGUGUGUUCAAGUUUUGACAGGCCACACAGGAUCUGUGCUGUGCCUUCAGUAUGACGAGAACAUCAUCAUAUCCGGAUCCAGCGACUCAACAGUCAGAGUCUGGGAUGUGAAGACUGGGGAGAUGUUGAACACACUGAUCCACCACUGUGAAGCCGUCUUGCAUCUCAGGUUCAAUGAUGGCAUCAUGGUCACCUGCUCAAAGGACCGCUCGAUAGCUGUGUGGGAUAUGCAGUCCCCUACGGAAAUCAACUUGAGGCGAGUGCUUGUGGGUCACCGAGCUGCUGUCAAUGUUGUUGACUUUGAUGAAAAAUACAUUGUCUCAGCAUCUGGAGACAGGACAAUCAAGGUGUGGAACACCUCUACCUGUGAGUUUGUGCGGACACUAAAUGGCCAUAAGAGAGGUAUUGCCUGCCUUCAGUACAGGGACAGACUAGUUGUUAGUGGCAGCUCAGACAACACCAUACGGUUAUGGGACAUAGAAUAUGGAGCAUGUCUCAGGGUGUUGGAGGGCCAUGAGGAGCUGGUUAGGUGCAUCCGCUUCGAUGGGAAGAGGAUUGUCAGUGGAGCUUAUGAUGGCAAAAUCAAAGUGUGGGACCUGCAAGCUGCAUUAGAUCCCCGCUCGCCAGCAGGCACUCUCUGUCUCAGAACUUUAGUGCAGGAACAUUCAGGACGUGUAUUCCGGCUCCAGUUUGAUGAAUUCCAGAUAGUGAGCAGUUCUCAUGACGAUACCAUUCUCAUCUGGGACUUUCUUAACGUGCCCUUGCCAGAAGGUGGUAAAUCACCUCAGAGAACCUACACCUACGUAUCCAAAUGAUGCAUGCUUCUUUCAGGCUCAUAAUGCUGACUUACUAAGACUAAAUGAAUCCUGUCAAACAAACGCUUUGCCAUUGGAAUCUGAUGUAAUGGAGGCUGGUGUAAUGGAGACCAGACAUGAGAGAGUUGUGUCUGCAGCUCCAGCAGCAUGAACUUGUGCCCAGCUGACAGCUUCAGGCUCAAGGAUACCUGCCAAAUCUUGGAUCUGAUGGUAUAGAGUGGGUAGAGAAAGGCAUGGAGGACAAUGGACCAUGAUAAUGACAGAAUGACGGACAGCAAUGAUACGGAAUUCCUUCCAAGCGGACGUCUUUCAGCCAUUAUUUGUAUUUGUGUGUCCCGGGCAGCUGUUGACAAUGUUGUCCAAAAAACAUAAGCGAAAAAAAGAAAGAAAAAAAAUGAUCCCAAAAUGAUAAAAUGUUUCUACAUAAACUUGAAUAAUGUGCUCCGUCUCUGCUCACUGCUGACUUGAGUGGAAUGGAGAGAAUGGUAGAUAACUUCUGUGAUUUUUUUCUGUGUGUGGAUGGAUGGAUGGAUGCUCUCUUCUCCGUGUUUCUCAUCUCAUCUGAGUAUCUGUAGUUUGUGGAUGGAGCUGGACUGUUUCUUAAUUUGUCAAGCUUUCGUAGACAAAGUGGUGGUAUUGGGCAUCUAUGCUUUGCCAUGCCUUGUGAUGGGGCCCACUUUGCGACUGUUGAAGUUUUUUUUCUUUUUUUCGUGGGGUGUUUUUAAUACGAAAGUUGCUUUGCAGGGCAAGUGCUAUAAAGAGCCUGUUUCAUAUUUUUAAUGUUGAAUUUGUUCUAGGUGAAAGAGUGUGUCGGAUAUUCAUGCAUGGACAGCUUUUCUGAGUAAAAAAAAUAGUCGUCUCAUAUCUGAUCUUUCGUACACACAAGUUGCCUUUUAUUUUUGUGUACAUUACUGGUUGUCAUGGUAACCUUUAAUCUGUUUGUUUGUAGAUCAUUUCCUAGUUCAUUAUUUAAGUCUUUGGGAAUCAUAUAAUGGUUCCCACUGUAUUCAUAGACUCUUUCAUAUUCAGUCUGUGUAUGAAGUUUUAUUCCAAUAAACCUUUGUAAUAUGUGCAGACUAUGGCUGAUGAAUUAACCUGUUCUGUGUUAAUAGUGUGUAAAUGUCUCGGAGUAUAAGUUAUUGCGUGAAUUUAUUGUGUUGUAGAGAAAAUUUCAUCUGGUUGGACCUUGCCAGUCUGAUGAUAUCAGCAGUAGAAGAGUUCAAAUAUUUUAACAAGUUUGAUUUACAUUCCAGUCCCACAUCUAGAGUGGUCUGGACCAGUCUCCUUAACAUCCAAUGGAGAUACGAAAUUGUACAUACAAAGAAUUGUAUAUAAUGAGCUGGUUUCAGUCCUGAGAUUCCAGAUUGUCAGACUAGCAAGGUUUAAGUGUUGGAUGCCUGUGAGACUUACAUUCGCAAUGCUGUUACUCCUUCAAGCUCAUUAAAAUAUGAUCUUUUUUAUUCCUGUGUGAUAUUUCUGCAUGAAGACCUGAGGUCACUUCCCUGAGAGGUAUCAUCAGGUGAUGAUGAGCAAACUUUGACCUCCCAAAUUAAUCAAAGGUUGUGGGUUUUUCAGUCACUCAGAAGUUAGUAAGACAUUUCAGCUUCCAUUACUUAACCCAACUGAUUCGAAAAUUUAACGAAAGAAAAAGCACAGAACUCAUGUAGGCUUUUGAUGAUAGUCUGUAUAGGUUGUAUAUGCCAUUGUGUUCAGAAGCUAUAGGGUGAAUAAAAUAUUUAGUGAUUUUUCUAGAGAUUCAGGGCUUUAGGACAUUUUCAUGACUUAAAUGUUCAUAUUAUUUCCAAAGUCAGGAAUUUUUGGAUGACAGCUUCCUGGAAAAUGAACCAAUCUGAAUUCGCCUGAAUACUCAGAAUAAGUCAAUCAACUAUGUUUUCAUUAUGCAGACUUCACCAAUGCUGAUCUGAAAGCUACGGUCAUUCAUAUCUAGAAUCCAGAAGCCUCCAUGCUGAUUAUUAAGAUUGACAAAGACGACCUUCUAUGGAGAUGUCAGGUCUUGAUGCAGAGAUGUUGUACAGGAGUGAUUGAGCUGAUUUUAAUGAGAUUGUUCCAAAGUCUGACAUACCAAAUAUUUACAGAUAAUCAUGACCUUGAAAUUGACGCCAUAAUGUACAACCAUUUCACUACAUAUCAGUCACUUAAUGAAAUGGACAACCUAGGAUUCAUCUUAUGUUCGAGAUUAUGUCUUUGUAUCAAUUUCAGUUGGUGCGUUAAUCUGUUUUUAACCAAAUUCUUUUAUUUAGGCAUUUCUGUAACUUACAGUGGUUUGGAUAGUGAUUCUUCUCAGCAAUAAGGACAAAUCAAACGUGCAUAGACGGCUUCAAGCAGAGUUUGCUUUAUCAGAAUCACGCACAAUUUCCUGCCCUAAUUGAUGCUCAAGUGCCAGAGCACAACAGUUCCACCAAACCGUAACAAUGUACUUAAAUCUGUAGCUGCAGAAUGUUUUUUAGAGUAGUAAUUUGCUUCAAGCGUGAAUGAAUGAACGAAAAAUGAAGUAAAAGCAAAUUUUAAAUGUGUUAACACUUUCCUGAAAUGAAAUCUGACCAUGCAUCUGUAAGUUAUUCUUUAAAUGUGGUCAUUAUUUAUUGUUGUAUGUCCAACUACCUGAAGAUGUAACUAACAUUCUACUCAUCGCCCAUUUGUUACAUUGCAACACUGAAUGUAUGGAACUGUGAUUUCUUAAAAAGUCGCUUGUUUCAUGUAGAUAUCAUUUGCAGUAUUAAAACCAGGGAAAAAUA